CAAAAAUAUGAGUGAGGGGUAGAAACAAGAGUUCUACCAAAGAGAUAAGUGAGAGACAUGAGCUCUCGCAAAUAUUGUUGUACAAUUCUUAUUAAUGUAAUCAAGUUUUAUCAAUACAAUUUUGUUAUAUAAUUGAGAUCCACCAAAACUUCCGCAUGCGUCCUCAAAUUUCUAUCAUAUUCUUUUAGAUUACAAGUUUUGGAUCGUUUGUCAAUAUAUGCAUAACUUUGAUUGAAUUUGUUAAAUACGGGCCUGGGCUUCACACGUCAUUGAGAAAGAGAGUUCGCUUGACAAGACCGUAUGAGGUUCCACCUUAAAACCAUAUGGUAAUAAGGGAGUAACCCUUGGCCUUAUCAAUGUUUUAUAAAUGUGGGACUCUCACACAUGUUGUUUCACGAGUCAGAUCUUAACAGAAUUGAACAUGCAGUAUUUUCGGCUUGAUGGUUCAACAUGGGAAAAGUCUCCUCCAUUAGUGAACGCAUUGAAAGCAGCCGGAGAAGAGAAGAUAGCAAGUUUUCUAUUUCCAGGACACUUUAGAGGUCAAAGAGUACCAACGUCAAUGAUUGAACUCAUUGGUGAUAGACCUUUCCUUUAUGACUUAGCCGAGAUUGACAACUUAUCUACUCCAAUUGGCCCUAUUUUGGAAGCACAAAACCAAGCAGCGGAGGUUUUUGGGGCCUCGAAAACAUGGUUUCUUGUUGGAGGUACAACUUCUGGAGUCCAUGCAGCUAUAAUGGGUGUUUGUAGUCCCGGUGACGCUCUCAUUCUACCGCGUAAUUCUCACGUUUCGGCAACUUCUGCCAUGGUCUUAUCCGGGUUGGUUCCUAAGUAUAUUUUCCCUGAAUAUGAUUUUGAUUGGGACAUUCCUACUGCAGUCUCUCCAUCUCAGGUUGAAAAGGCAAUAGAGGAGCUGAAAUCCGAAGGCUUAAAAACGGGUGCUGUUUUCAUAACAUCCCCAACAUACCAUGGCAUAUGCAGCAACCUCAAAGAGAUCUCAACACUAUGUCACCUCCACAACAUUCCUCUUAUUGUUGACGAGGCUCACGGCGCUCACUUCGGUUUUCACCCAUCACUUCCCUUACCGGCCCUCCAGCAAGGCGCCGAUGUGGUUAUACAAUCCACUCAUAAAGUGUUAUUCUCCCUUACUCAGUCAUCAAUGUUACAUGUCUCUAAAACCAACACUAUUGUUGACAAGGGCAGAAUCAGCAAAUGCCUUCAAAGCCUUCAAACUACUAGUCCAAGUCUUUUACUUUUAGCUUCAUUGGAUGCUACAACAUCUCAAUUGAGCCAAAACCCGUCAACUAUUUUCGACAACCCGGUCCAUUUAGCAAUGGAGGCUAAACAUAAAAUCAAACUAAUCCCAGGUUACACCAUCUUGGAUUUCCCUAACAUCGACCCGUUACGAGUUACUGUCGGAGUAUUUGAUCUCGGCUUUUCGGGUUAUGAAGUUGAUGACUUCUUAUUUAUGGAUCAAAAGGUAGUCUCAGAGCUCCCUGGACCAAGGUUUAUAACAUUACCGUUUUGUCCAGGAACUUGUAAAGAACACGUAGAUAGGCUAAUAUUGGGGUUUAAGAAUUUUAUAUCGUCUCCAAAUUUUAACCUAGAAAGGUCCCACACUUUCUCACAUUCAAUAAAUAAACGAGUUGAUCUCGAACCGUGGAUUGAUAUUAAGAUGGAAUUAGCUCCACGAGAGGCUUUCUUUGCUAAGAAGAAAAAGGUGAGUAUUGAAGACGCCGUCGGGAAAAUAUGUGGGGAGUUGGUAUGUCCAUUUCCACCUGGUAUUCCGAUUACCACACCGGGUGAGGUGAUCUCGGAAAGAGUUAUACAGAUUUUAUUGCAAUGUAAAGAUGAGGGUGUUAAACUUGUUGGGGUUUCUGAUCCUCUUUUGUCUUCGAUACUUAUAUGUGAUGUUUAAAUGUUAUUUAGUUUGCAUGUUAAUUACUCCAUCAAUUAUUAUCCCUACUCUUGUCAAAAAAAAA